AUGGCAACACAAUGUCCAAGACGUAUAUUAACUGAAAUAACAAAAUUACAAAGCUUAGCAACAGAUUAUACUCCAUCAUCGGUUCAAUUUCUUCUUGAUGAAACACCUGUGGAUAAACCAGGAUCAAAUAAAAUUGUUGGAAGAAUUUUACCUAAUUCAGAAAUUUAUAAUCAAGCUGCAUUUCAAAUAGAAAUGAUAUUCCCAACUGAAUAUCCAUUUAAACCACCAGAUGUUCAUUUUAUUACGCCGAUUUAUCACCCAAAUGUUGAUGAUGGUAAAAUAUCUAUUGACAUGCUUUAUACGGGAGGAAGUUAUUCACCAAGAACAUCAUUAAUUGAUAUUGUUAAAGCUGUUGUUCAUCUUAUUGAUAAACCAGAUCUCAAUAAUGCACUUAAACCAGAAAUUGCUGCUGAAUAUUCACAAAAUAGAGCUACAUUCGAUCAAAAAGCAUUGGAAUUGGUUACAAAACAUGGUUUACCACGACCAUAG